CCCGAGGGGUUUAACGUAGGUUAAAAGGUCCUCUUCGAGAAGAAGCCACGCAGCAGCUUGCUCCCCUUUCCAGGCUUGUGUCAGGUGGACGCAAGCACUUUCCAAAGCUCUGCUGAAGAAGCUGGGACUACAGACUCAGUCGGUAAUUUGAGGAUCAUUUCAACAUCUGAAAGGGAACACCUCUGGCGUUUUCCUGUACUGAAACAGCGCUGCACGCACACAACACUUUUGCACUGCGAUGGCUGCAGCCGGCGCCGUCGUGGGGGGCCUCCGGGCUGCCCCCCAGAGCAUGUGCCAAAUGUGUCGGUCCAGCACUGCAGAGCGUAUUGCUGUCUUUCCAGUUUUGCAGAAGCAGGGGGGAUUAAGAAAAAAGGAGUACUUGUCGGGGGGGAGGGAGUUGCUGCAGGCUGGGUUCGCGGUUAGGCAACGGGUUGAGAGGACCAAGGGGGCAGCGAGGGCGGCCGUGGCGGUUGCUCCGGAGAGGGGGGCAAUGUCAAAGGUGGAGAAAUGGGGGGGGGAGAAGAGGCUCCAGACACAGACGGCACAAAUUGCACAAGACACGACGACAAUCCGGUCGCUGGAUUGGGACCGCGACAGGUUUGACAUCGAGUUUGGCCUCCAGAACGGCACGACCUACAACAGCUUCAUCAUCAAGGGCGCAUCCAAGACCGCCAUCCUCGACGCGAGCCACGAGAAGUUCCGCAAGCUGUACCUCUCUGCCUUGAAAGAAGAGGUGGAGCCGGGGAGCGUGGAUUACAUUAUUGCGAACCACACGGAGCCAGAUCACAGCGGCCUGAUCCCAGAUCUGUUGGAGUUGCAUCCGGACGCGACAGUGGUGGGGAGCAAGGUCUGCCUGCAGUUCUUGCAGAACCUGGUGCUCAAGCCGUUCAAGUCGCAGGCUGUCAAGAACGGGGACUCAAUUGACCUGGGCGGCGGCCACGUGCUGGACUUCUUCAUGGCUCCCAACCUGCACUGGCCGGACACCAUGUUCACAUACGACAAGGCCACCAGCAUCCUGUUCACCUGCGACGCGUUUGGCAUGCACUACUGCUCUGAAGAGAUCUUUGACGAGGAGCUUUCAAAGCUGGAGCCCCACUUCCGGUUCUACUACGACUGCCUGAUGCGCCCCAACGCGCGCAGCGUCCUGACCGCGCAGCGCAAGCUGGGCGAGCUCGAGUACGGUACCAUCGCCACCGGGCACGGCCCCCUGCUGCGCUACAACCUUCCCGAGUUCACCGACCACUAUGCGCAGUGGAGCAAGCAGGCGGUCGAGAAGCAGAGCGCCACGGUUGCUGUGCUGUACACGGCGGAUUACGGGUUCAGUGACCGCUUGAGCCAGGCGCUGGCCAGGGGAAUCACCAAGACGGACGUGGGCGUGGAGAUGCUGGACCUGGGGAGCGUCGACGUGCAGGAGCUCGUCGAGGUCGUUGGUCGCAGCGCAGCCGUGGUGGUCCUGACCCCCCCCUCAAGCGGCCCCGCCAACACUGCCCUUGGCACUCUGCUCGCUUCCGUAAAAGCGAAGCAGAAGGUGGUGGUAGCGGAGAGCUACGGAGGGGACGACGAACCGGUGGAUACUAUCACGCAGCGUUUUGUGGAGCAGGGAUUGGCGCCCGUGUUUGAGCCCAUGCGCGUUAAGGAGACGCCGACCGAGGCCACGUACCAGGCUUACGAGGAGACGGGCACGGAUUUGGGCCAAUCGCUGAGCCAGAAGAAGAAGAUUAGCGACACCAAAGCGAGCAUGUCAGUCGACAUUGCCAAGGCGCUUGGCCGCAUCUCGGGCGGGCUCUACGUGGUGACCGCCAAAAAGGGCAGCUCCAAGGGAGCCAUGAUUGCCAGCUGGGUCUCGCAGGCGAGCUUCAAGCCGUACGGCAUCACGAUCGCGGUGGCCAAGGACCGUGCCAUCGAGUCGCUGAUGCAAGUGGGCGACACGUUCGUGCUCAACUGCCUGGAGGAGAACAACUACAGCAAGCUCAUGAAGCACUUCCUCAAGCGCUUCCCGCCAGGAGCCGACCGUUUCGAGGGCGUUGACACGAGCGAUGCCAAGAACGGAUCCCCGCUGCUGCAAGAAGCGAUUGCGUACUUGGAGUGCACGGUAAAGAGCCGCAUGGAGACGGCGGACCAUUGGAUCGUGUACAGCGAGGUGACGGACGGGAAUGUCGCCAAGCCGGACGGCAGAACCGCCGCGCACCAUCGCAAGAUUGGGAAUUACUAUUGAUCCAGUCGCGGAGUUGGCGUGUUGUGAUUGCUCGUUGUUCAUUGUACAGUCCUACAGUGGAUAAGUUCCUAUACGGUCCGUUACCUAGGAGUGUGGGGAUUAAUGGAGUUAGAAAGGAUCUCGUUGAUAAAUGAUGUUUCUUCCAGGAGCAAGUUGGAGUGAGCUGCCUCCCUUGCUAGUCGCUUAUUGCAGACCGUACAGUAUCCACGGUGCCAGCGCUUGGGUAGUUUGUUUCGACAAUCAUUGCGUGCGUUGUCAACGGUGUCCUCGUAUGAAUCUUGCCCUAGUCCACAUCAUGCAUUGAGCCAUGGUGCAUAGUUCGGUUGCUUGCCCGCUAGCUGGCCACCGUGCUAGGCAACCGUCAAAGUGUUAUUCAGC